AGCGGCUGCUCACUCGCAUUUGAUUGUGACAAGCUACGAUGCAACCCAAUUUCCUCUAUUACCGUCGGAGAGCAAGUUUGAUCGCGUGCUGUGCGAUGUGAUGUGCUCCGGUGACGGUACUUUAAGAAAGUCAAUGGAUAUGUGGCCCCGCUGGAAUGUUUUUCAGGGCGCUGAGCUUCACAACACUCAGAUUCGGGUACUGUUGCGUGGAAUGAUGCUUUGCAAGAAGGGUGGCAUUGUUGUAUACUCCACCUGCAGUCUGAACCCUGUGGAGGACGAGGCUGUUGUGUCGGAGUGCCUUCUCCAGGCUAAGGGUGCCUUUCGAUUAAUGGAUCCCACUUCGCUUGUGCCUGGUCUUGUGGCGGCACCGGGGUUGGACGAUUGGUCACUUCUCACAAAGGAUCUGAAAGCAAGGCUCCAUACAAUGGAGGAGGCCCAGGUGUUUGCUGAAACGAGUGCAAGUAGUGGAAUUUCUUACCGUGCCACCAUGUUUCCCAACAAAGCGCGAUUGCAGGAGCAAAAUAUACACUACACCCGACGUGUGUUGCCGCACCUUCAGGAUACAGGAGGGUUUUUUGUUGCUGUAAUGGAGUGCCUUGAGGAGUAUUCCGCUCCUACUGCGACUACCUCCUCUAAAAAGAGCGAGACGUUUAAGUCUGUUUCACCUGCGCUACAGAAGGAGGUACGGGGUGCCUUGGGUCUUCCUGAGUUUCUUCCAACCGACCAGCUGCUUGUUCGAAAUGAAACAGCGCGUGAGCAGAAGAUUUAUUUUGCAAAUAAGGCGGUUUGUGAAAUUCUCCCGAAACUGGGACCUCGUGUUGUGCAUGUGGGAUCCAAGGUCUUUGAAUCCUACAUGAAGUACAGGAACGAUAAGCUUCGGUUUUGUUCUGACGGUGUCGGCGUACUGAUCCCUCGACUGCCUUCUUCAUUUGUUGUGGAGAUUGGCCCGGAGAUGCUGCUGCAACUCAGCCAGAGUAAGUUGGAGGAGUCAUUGCUUCCCCCUCUUCCACCACAUCACAGCUUCGUUUUUAAAUGCAACAUGGCUAUUGUUGGUGCGGUUUAUAUUGCGGCAGAGAGGGCGUGUCCGUGUCAAAUAUCUGCAAAGGUGGCUGAAUGGCAAGUCGCACUGACCAAACUGACAAUUGGGCAACCGCUGGUAGAGUGCAAUGAGGAGGCCGCCGCUGACACGGAUCGGGUGGGGGGUGAUAAAAACACGGAUUAA